AUGAAACAAAUAGUGUCAUCGUUUUAUUGCAACGGUGAAUAUCCUUCCACGGCUAAAAUUUUGAGUAGAGCAGUAGAAAGAAUUGACGGAUUCCAGUGUUCUAUUUCUUCUAUGCGUAAAAUACUCAUAGAACUUGGGUAUAAGUACACACAAGCUCCAGAUGGUCGUAAACAAUUGAUGGAAAGGACUGACAUCGUUUGUGCGCGGUUACAAUUCCUGAGAAAACUCAAGACCCUGAGAGAUAGUGAAGACACUAGACCUAGAAUUUAUUUAGAUGACUUGGUUUGUCAUGCAGGCUGCGCAAAGUAUGGUUUUAUACCCGAAGCCAGAUGGGUCUUCCGCGCUGUGAAGUCUCAGAACGAGGACUACCAUUCAGAAAUGAAUGCCAAAGGCUUCACACACUGGUUUACAAAGCUGCUGCAGAGUCUUGAAGAACCAUCAGUCAUCACAAUGGACAACGCACCCUACCACUCCCAGCAAAUAAAUCGGGCACCGACAUCAGCUAAUAAAAAGAGUGAAAUUCAGGAGUGGCUCCGCGAACACGGGAUUGAGCUUAGUGAUAGUGAGCUCAAGCCGGAUCUAUUACAAAAGGUGCAACGGAACCGACCAGAAAAAAUUUACGAAUUGGACCAGUUAGCUUUGGAGUCAGGACACGAAGUGAUUCGCUUACCACCUUACCAUUGCCAAUAUAACCCAAUUGAGUUGGUAUGGGCUCAAGCAAAAAAUGAAGUUGCCAGCAAAAACACAACUUUUAAAAUUGCAGACGUCGAAGUGCUACUGCAUGAAGCAAUUUCGAUCGUUUCGCAAAAGAACUGGGAAGAUUGUGUGAAGCAUGCAGAAAAACUCCAAGAGGAAGACUUGAAGAAAUCUCAUCUGGCAGAAGAAUUCGUAAUUCAUGUGGAUGACGAUGACUCUGAUGAUUCUGAUGUAGAAUUUUAA